AUGGUAAUCUGGCAUUGUUCAGUCUUUCAGAGGACACACCAAAAGAUACAGGAUGAGAUUGAAGUCCUUGUCAGUAUUUCUGAUGAGUUUAAUAAAAUAGUAGAAAAAGUAAGGGUUUAUGUGACGGAUGCCAAUGAUGAGGCGCCUCAGUUCGGGAACCUGCCAUCCAAUGUGGACGUGCCAGAGAGCACACCUUCUGGGAGAAGUAUUUUUAAAGUGCAGGCUGUGGAUAAAGAUACAGGCUCAGGUGGAUCCGUCACCUACUUUCUUCAAAACACUGGUCCAAACACUAAGUUUGCUAUUGACCACCACAGCGGAGUGCUAAGGAUUAAAGAGGAUCUUGACUAUGAGACAGUGAGAACAUAUUUUCUUACUGUGGUGGCAAAGGAUGGAGGUGGAAGUUAUAAUGGAAGGGAGCAGGUAUUGUCAUCGUCUGCUACCUUGACAAUUAAUGUGAUUGACAGUCAGGACACUCCUCCCAGUUUUGUUGGUGCACCAUAUUUUGGCUACGUCUAUGAAGUCUCUUCACCUGGAUCUGAAAUAUUCACUGUGUAUGCCAAGGAUGGAGAUGUAGAAGUUCCUAAUCCAAUUGUUUAUUCUAUUGAAAGUGGAGCUGAUGGUGUAUUUGGUAUCAACAAAACAAGUGGCUGCAUCACUCUUCUAGUCUAUCCAGAUAAUUUAAGAAAGGAAAUAUUUAAUAUCCAGGUCAAGGCUUCAGAGGUGAAUACACAGGGAAUUGUCAUAGACUUUGCUCUCGCUACUGUAACUAUUCGAGUAGUGGACCUGAAUAACCACCACCCUACCUUUUACGGUGAGACUGGCCAGCAGGACACAUUUGAGUUGACCAUGUACGAACAUCCUCCAGAGGGUGAGAUACUGAGAGGCUUGAGGAUUACAGUCAAUGACUCAGACCAGGGUGCGAAUGCAAAGUUCAACCUCAGGCUGGUGGGGCCAGGUCACAUGUUGCGACUGAUCCCUCAGACUGUCCUUAAUGAAGCUCAAGUCACUUUAUUAGUAGAAGAUUCCACUGCAAUAGACUAUGAGAAAUUCCAGUUUCUGUCAUUCAAGAUUCUUGCAGUGGAAAUUGACACCCCUGAGAGAUUCAGUGCCACUGCAGAUAUAGUCAUACACUUGCUUGACACUAAUGAUAAUGCUCCAAGGUUCUCCUCUGAUUUCUAUAUUGCACGAGUCCCAGAAAACUCACCAGGUGGCUCAAAUGUUGUGUCUGUGACAGCUAAGGAUCCAGACUCUGGUUUGUGGGGUGUUGUCAAAUACUCCAUCCAUGGCUCAGGAUCAGAUCUUUUCUUCAUCCAGUCAGAUUCAGGAAUCAUCUAUACCCAGCCCUGGGCCAGUUUGGAUGCUGAGGUAAAAUCCAAGUACAAUUUCAUUGUUAAGGCUGAGGACACCGAGGGACAAUUCAGCCUGGCUGAGGUUUUUGUCACAGUUCUGGACAUCAAUGAUCAUCCACCUGAAUUCAAUGAGAAUAUUUUAGAGAAAACAAUGAUUAUUGGUGCACAGGUGAAAAUCGAGGCAGUAGAUGAUGAUGCAGAAGAGCCAAACAAUGUUAUUGAGUAUUCCAUCAUAAAAGCAGAACCAGACAAUAUAUUUGACAUUAAUCCAGAGACAGGGGAAAUCAAACUGAAGCCAUACAUCAAGUCAAUGGAUAUAGUGCACAACAUUACAAAUCAGAAAGACUGCACCUGGUCUGUAGUGGUCCAGGCCAGAGACAGAGGCUCUCCGUCUUUUAGUACAACCACACUUGUGAAAAUUGAUAUCACAGAAGCGCACUGUCAUCCUCAUGAUCUUAUUGGCGGUUGUCAUAUCUACCAUAAUUUACUGGAACUCUGUGAAAAAGUCCCGGGUCCACCCACAGUGCAAGAUCAGAAAGAUUACAAGGAGGCCUUAAAUAUGAUUCUCUCUUCCAGCACUGCACAAAUGCAUUUUGUUGCCAUCACCAAUACUCAACUCAAUGGCCCAUUGGCAUCUUUUUUAAUGAAAAGAAGAGAAAAUCCCAUGCAAAUCCUUGGCAUGCUUGCAACUGUCAUUAUAGCUUUGGUUUUUGUGACAGUCUUGAUCUCUACGGCUAUUUUUAUGCGUAAUAAAAAGUCUAACAAGAUCUUGCCUUCUCGACGGAUCAUCAAAAAAAAACAUAGGCAAUGCAAACAGUGGAACUUCUAUAAUCCCUUUAAACAAAAGAACAAUAGUGAAAGGUUCAUGAAAGAAUCUGAGGUCCCAGAGAAUGUCAACUGUAACAAUAACAGUGUGGGUGUGCAUCACUCCCCACCCCUGCCUCCUCCACUGCCAGGCUUUCUUAGACGUGCAGAUCGGUCUUGGGCAGUGCCAACUGUUUCUGCACCAAUGGCAAAGCAAAAAUCUUUCAGGAACAAACAAAGCCAUGUGAACACAGCACUGGUGUCUGAGCUCAAAUUAAGACUUGAGCAGAAGAAAUUAAUAAACCAAUAUUAGUGCUUUAAUGUGUGUAUUUGAAAUAUGCACAUUUACACACUUACAUCUUCCUUGAUGUUCAGUGGGGAUGAGAGAGGUGUGUGUAAUCUUUGCCAAUCAUUUGGUCUUGUAUCAUAUGAUAUGAGCAAUAUAUAGCUUACUUGUCCUGAGGAUAAGAUCUCAGCUUUCAUUUCUGUUAUACUGCCAAUCACAUCAUUUAAUUGGUUCUUAAUGUUUUUAAAGUUGACAGCAGACUCCAACUAUACAAAACUACCAGUUAUUGUAAAAGUCAUACCACAGAUGAAAUUCUAAUUAAUUUUAUGAUGGCCAAUCCUGAUCAACAGUAGAAUCUUCUGGUUUCUGGUGUUGUUUGAGACUUUGGUACUUUAACCAUUUAUUUGUUCCCAAAAAAGUUUUUUUUAUUUUCCUUCUACAUUUAGGACAGUUUUGAUAGACAAUAAUUCACGCAAUGAAGUCUUUGUGUAUAUAAGGUGUCUUAGUUUGGUGUUGGGACAUAGCCCUGAUUCUGCAUAGCCUUGGAACUGUAUUGAACUAUUCUUCAAACAAUUCCUCAGUUAUUCUUUUAAUUAUGUUGGUGGAGAUCCAUAAUAUGCGAUCAACUUGGUUGAGAUCUGGUAACUAUAAAGGCUGUAGCACAUGUUUUUCAUAAAUUUCUCAUCAAACCAAUCAUUGAGCCCUCAUACCCUGUGAGUCAGAUGGGUUAGAAUACAAAUGUUUCAUUGGGGGAUGAAGGUGAUCAGUCAAAAGUACACUGUGUUUUGAUUUGCAGUAACCCUCUCCUCCAACAGGUACAAUUUCCUAAUUUUCUCCUGCCAUAGUUAAAAUGUGGCUUCCCAAAAGGAACCUUUAUUCUACAAUAUGUUCUACUGUAUAUGAACAUAUUUAUACAACUAUCUGUAAUUGUUUGGUGUUUCAGUGUCUAUCUAUGUGAAAUAAAUUCAAAGAAUACAAACUUUAAUUAACACGAAAUGUCUAAUAUUGAAUUGCCUAUUUAUACAAUUUGAACUGAGGACUGUUUUGUCACUAGUUGUUGUAUAUUAUUAUAUUAUUCCUAUAGAACUCUAAAGAACACCCAGAAUUAUAUGAAGACAGGAAUCUGUUAUGGACUCAAAUUCA